AUGACUCUGCCGAUGCUUUCUUCACGGAUAGAAACCCUAUCCAUCCACCACUUCCUGCAAGGAAUGACUAUGAGAUCAAGCCUCAAUCAUAGCAUUGAGAUUUGCAGCACUACUAGAUCCAAUGGAGUCUCAGCUGACUACUUGAAGUGCAAGCUCUUUUCAUUCUCUCUUGGCGACAAAGCUUCAAGAUGGUUGAAGUCUCUGCCAGCUCACUCCAUUACCACUUGGGAUGAGUACAAGGCCGCUUUCAUCAACCACUUCUACACCAAGCAAAGAUCAGUUUCUGUAAGGAACAAGAUCUCCAACUUUCGCCAAGCCACUAAUGAAUCUUUCUAUGAGGCGCUAGACCGAUUCAAGGAGUACAUUAGGGACUGCCCUAAUCAUGGUUUCAAGGAGGGAAACCUAUGGAAUAUCUUCUAUCGUGGCAUAGACCACAAGUACAAGCUUUCAUUGGAUACUGCAAGCAAUGGAAACUUCAUGACCAAGACAAUUGAUGAAGCUAAGGUUCUUAUUGAGAAUCUUGCAGCUAGUGAUUGUAACAAUUGUCCUGAUUAUGACCGCUCAAGCCGCACCACUACUAGCUCCCCUGAUGUUUCUCAAAUGACUGAACUCAAGAACAUGAUGGCUCAAGUUCUUAAGGGACAGCUCAAGCAUAUCAAUGCAAUAGAAGGGAUGAGUGAUGCUAAUGAAGACCCAUCAAGAGAGUGCAUGGGAGAUUUCUCUAAUGAAGCCAAUGAAGAAGAUGUGAACUACAUUGGAAACUACGGAUUGGAAACUAUGGGAACAAGGGAUACAAUCCAAGCUAUCGCCCAAACCCCAACAUGUCUUAUAGAAACCCCAAUGUGGAGAAUCCUCAAGACCAAGUGUAUCCUCCAAGGUAUCCACAACAACAAAGACCUCCUUACCAAUCUCAAGGAAGCCAUUUCCAGCCAAGGCAAGGGUGGAAGAUUUGAAGGAAUCCUCCAACAGAUCAUGGAUGGCCAGAAAAGGAAUAGCAAAGAGAUGUAUGAGAAGAUGGACACUUUGUUCAGCAAUCUCAAUACCAAGUAUGAUGCUGUUGCCACUCAUGUGAAGAAACUAGAGACUCAAGUCACCCAAACCAUGGAAGCUGUUAAGAGACAGGAAGCUGAAUCCAAGAAGUCCUUUUGCAACUCAGCCGCCAUAGAAGAGAUUUGA